AAGAGCAGAGGGAGGGAGUGAGGGAGAAAUUGAAUGAGAGGGACAGAGCGAAACUGAGAGGAGCCACCACAACAAAACUUCUCUAACAAUCAAGCAAGUGGAACUACAGACUGGCUUCUCUCCUUUUCUCCCCGAGUGGCUGCUGUGUUCCUGCAAAUAUAACUUCUGCAGCAUAAAGUUUUGGUGGCGGAGGAAGAGGGGGUUCCCGCUUGUAAAGAUGGACCAUUUAAUAAGGACCCUGUCACGCAGGAGAACACCGCUACUUCUUUUUAUCCCACUUCUCAUAACGACGACACAAACUGAGAUGAGAGAGUACUUUGUAGUCAUGUUUGCUGACAGGAAGUGAGACAUUCUUGCACACGUCCACACUGAUCCCAUUGAUGUUCUGCGAGUGCUGGAGCUGUCAGAGAACAUGGAGGGGGUGUCCUUGGGGGCUGGUCUCUGCACCACCAGGAGGGGCAUGGAGGAGACGGACCUGGCCUACAAGAUAGACAAAAAGAUCCAGCUCAGUGCUCCUACCAAACAGCUCUUCCCUGAUUCCAAAUUUCCAGAGAAUUUCUCCCUGAUGGCUACCGUGCGUGCUAAAAAGGGUUCCCAGUUCUUCCUGCUUUCAGUGUAUGACAACCAGGGGGUGCAGCAGCUGGGGCUCGAAGUGGGCCGUUCGCCAGUCUUCCUGUAUGAGGACCAGCAUGGGCAGCCCACACCAGAAAUGUAUCCCAUCUUCAAGAAGAUCAAUCUGGCUGAUGGAAAAUGGCACAGGAUAGCCUACAGUGUGCAGGACAAGUCUGUGACCCUCUACUUGGACUGUCGGAGGGUAGCGACCCUGGAUCUGUUGCGAGGGGACAACGCUAUAGUCAGCAUAGACGGUAUCACUGUGUUUGGGACACGGCUGCUGGACGAAGAUGUAUUUGAGGGAGAUAUUCAGCAACUACUGAUUCUGGAGGACCCCCAGGCCGCUGUCAACUACUGUGUAAACUACAUACCAGACUGUGAUUUUGGUUUACCCUACAACAGCCAAGCCCUGGACCUGCAGGAGAACUCCCAACUUGGGUCUGAUGUCUUGAUGCAAAGUGACCAGCCAGAUGAGCCAAAGGAGCACUCCAAAAAGGACAGGAAAGGCAAAAAGAACAAAAAGAAGAGGGACAAGGGCUCUAAAGGCAAACGCAAAGGCAAGGGCAAAAAGGGAUCCAGAAAGAAAAAACAUGAAGAGGACGGUCUCGAGGAUGGAUUCCUCAGAGUGUCUACAACACUGCUUGAGUAUCUAUCCCAAGAACCUUUUCAGACCACUGAGUUGCCAGAAAUUAAGAGCACCCUAGACACUGUCAUCCCCACUGAAGUCUUUGACAAGACCCUCAUGGAGAUGCCCACACAUGAACCUGACUCUACAACUGAGGCCCCCGCUGUGGUGCCCAGUGCAUUGCCUGAAUCAAAGGUUACUGAGGAGGAGGGCAAGCCAGUGAAGAAACCAGUGGUGGAGGGGUAUGGAGAUGACCUUUAUGGAGACCUCUAUGAUGAUCUCUCAGUUUCCACGGUAACAGUGGGCCCAAAUGUUACUGAAUAUGAGAUUCUUGAAUAUGAAGAUUACAAGAAUGACACAGAGUCAGAGUAUGAAGAGUAUGAAACAUAUGAGGACGGCUUUGACUUUGCAGAGCGCGAAAGAGCAGAGACGUGGGAUGGAGAGGCUAGCCUCAGAGCAGAGAAAGGCCAGAAGGGAGAGCCAGCUAUUAUAGAACCGGGUACAUUAGUGGAAGGACCCCCAGGUCUACCAGGGCCAGAGGGCCUCGCUGGCCCAGCUGGACCAACAGGCCCUCCAGGACCCAGGGGAGAUCCUGGUGAAUUGGGUCCCCCAGGACGUCCUGGUCUUGCUGGAGUUGAUGGAAUUCCAGGUCCUCCAGGAACCCUGUUGAUGCUACCAUUCCAGUAUGGAGGUGAUUCCCAGAAGGGACCAGUGGUGUCUCCCCAGGAGGCGCAGGCACAGGCUAUCCUGCAGCAGACCAAGCUGUCACUGAAGGGACCUCCAGGUCCAAUGGGUCUUACAGGUCGACCAGGCCCACUGGGUGUUCCAGGUCCCACUGGGUUCAAAGGAGACAUCGGAGACAGUGGCCCUCCUGGACCACAUGGGUUGCAAGGCCCUCCAGGAAUUAAUGGAAAGCCAGGAAAGAUGGGGCGUGCAGGAGUGGAUGGAGGUCGUGGAGCUCCAGGUGAAACAGGCUCUAAGGGUGACAGGGGUUUUGACGGCCUGCCAGGUCUCCCAGGAAACAAGGGACACAGAGGGGACAGAGGAAAGCCUGGUCCUCAUGGGCCUGUUGGAGAGCCAGGAGAAAAGGGAUCUGAUGGACCUGUGGGGCCAAGAGGGCAACCAGGCGAACCUGGUCCUCGGGGUCUUGUUGGACCAAGGGGGCCACCUGGCCCACCUGGCCGGCCGGGUAUUGGUGGAACAGAUGGCGUACAAGGGUCAAAGGGCAACCUGGGCCCACCUGGAGAGAUAGGGCCCCCAGGUCAACAAGGAAAUCCAGGAGUACAGGGCUUGCCUGGUCCUCAGGGUCCCAUUGGAUUGCCAGGAGAGAAGGGUCCCCUGGGGAAACAAGGCAUGCAGGGACUACCAGGCAUUGAUGGCCCUCCCGGUCACCCAGGAAGAGAGGGCCCUGCGGGAGAGAAAGGCAUCCAAGGUUUACCAGGUGCUCAGGGGCCUGUUGGGUACCCAGGCACCCGUGGAGUCAAGGGAGCAGAUGGAGUUAGGGGACUAAAGGGGAGCAAAGGAGAGAAGGGAGAAGAUGGCUUCCCUGGGUUCAAAGGUGACAUGGGCAUCAAGGGAGACAGGGGUGAUAACGGAGCUCCUGGUGCUCGUGGAGAGGAUGGACCAGAGGGGCUAAAGGGCCAAGCAGGGCCGAUGGGAGAUCUAGGAGCUUCUGGGACAGCUGGCGAGAAGGGUAAACUUGGCGUGCCUGGAUUGCCCGGAUACCCAGGAAGACAAGGUUCUAAGGGAUCACUUGGCUUCCCUGGUAUGGCCGGGGUCCCAGGAGAGAAAGGACGCAGGGGUCCAGCUGGUCAGUCAGGGCCUGGGGGCCAAAGAGGACCUAAUGGAGCCCGGGGGGGAAGAGGAGCAAAGGGGCCCACUGGAAAGCCUGGAGAAAAGGGUUCUGCUGGACAAGAUGGUCCUUCAGGAUCCCCCGGAGAACAGGGUCCCCAAGGACCACAGGGAAGAAACGGUGAACCAGGACCUAAAGGGCCUAAUGGUCCACCUGGAAAAGAUGGAUUACCAGGUCAUCCAGGCCAGAGAGGGGAACCAGGCUUCCAAGGCAAGAAUGGACCCCCUGGCCCCCCAGGUGUUGUUGGACCACAGGGCAAAUCUGGUGAAACAGGGCCAACUGGAGAUAGAGGCCAUCCAGGUUCACCCGGACCACCAGGUGAGCAUGGUUUACCAGGAGCUGCCGGAAAGGAGGGUGCCAAGGGAGACCCAGGUCCACCAGGAGCCUCAGGGAAAAGUGGCCCUGCUGGGCUCAGAGGCUUCAGAGGGAGCAGAGGGACCCCUGGUGCAAUGGGUCCUGCAGGUCUGAAGGGAGGAGAGGGCCUGUCUGGUGUUGCAGGACAUAUUGGUGCCACUGGAGAAAGGGGCCCCGCUGGGCCGGCUGGUGCUAUUGGCCAGCCAGGACGGCUCGGCGGUGUGGGUCCUGCUGGGCCAAUGGGCGAGAAAGGCGAGCCAGGAGAGAGGGGGCCUGUGGGGCCGGCUGGGCAUGACGGGGAACCAGGACCUGUAGGGCUGCCAGGGGCUACGGGACCUCCUGGGCAUCCAGGGGAGGACGGAGACAAGGGAGAGACAGGAGGACCAGGCCAGAAGGGCAGCAAAGGAGACAAAGGAGAAGCUGGACCCCCAGGACCCGUUGGAAGUCAAGGACCUGUGGGCCAGCCUGGACUGCCAGGUGCAGAUGGUGAUCCAGGUCCUCGUGGGCAGCAAGGCAUGAAUGGGGCGAAAGGAGAUGAAGGAUCCAGAGGCUUUAAGGGGGCAUCAGGUCCUUCUGGACUACAGGGAAUGCCAGGACCACCAGGGGAGAAAGGAGAGAGCGGGCAUGUUGGCUCAAUGGGGCCUCCAGGACAGCAUGGCCCACGAGGACCUCAGGGGCCCAUUGGUGGAGAGGGCCCACCUGGAUUACUUGGUGGAGUUGGUCAGCCUGGACUUGUUGGAGAGAAGGGUGAGGACGGAGAAGCUGGAGACCCCGGGUCAGUUGGAGAGCAUGGCAUUAGUGGUGCUAAAGGCGAUGUGGGGGAGAAGGGUGACUCUGGCCUUCCCGGUGCAGCUGGGCCUCCAGGACCCAGAGGAACACCAGGGGAGGACGGACCCAAAGGCAACCUUGGCCCUAUUGGAUUCCCCGGAGAUUCAGGACCCCCUGGAGAACCUGGCGUGAAUGGAGUAGAUGGUGGACUGGGGCCUAAAGGAGACAAUGGAGAAUCUGGCAAAGCAGGUCCUCCAGGAGCCUCUGGAGAGCCAGGUCCUACAGGACCUCCUGGCCGGAGGGGUCAUAUAGGUGCUGCAGGAAAAGAAGGGAAGCAAGGCAUGAAGGGAGCCAAGGGGACGACAGGAUCCCAGGGUCCAGUGGGGAAGACAGGCCCAGUGGGACCACAAGGGCAGCCAGGGAGGUCUGGCCCAGAAGGUCUCCGAGGCAUCCCAGGCCCCGCGGGUGAGCAAGGGUUAAAUGGGCCACCAGGACAAACUGGACCACCAGGACCAAUUGGGCCACCAGGACUUCCAGGAUUGAAAGGAGACCCUGGAACGAAGGGAGAUAAAGGUCACGGUGGGUUGAUCGGUCUAAUUGGCCCCCCAGGAGAACCUGGUGAGAAGGGAGACAGAGGCCUCCCAGGGAACCAGGGUACACAAGGGCCUAAAGGAGAUGAGGGUGUGGCCGGCCCACCUGGUCCCACUGGCCCACUGGGACCACCUGGCCUGUCAGGUGCAGCUGGCGAGAAAGGUUCGAAGGGAGAAAUGGGUGCCGUUGGUCCCAGAGGAGAUGCAGGCCCUGCUGGCCCCCCAGGACCCCCAGGACCGCCUGCGACAAUGGUUCAGCCCCUGCCUAUCAGGGAGGGCAGGCGGAAGAGACGAAGGCAUUCCAAUCGGGCGGGAGGAGCAGCCCCAUCCAGGGAGGAGGAUGUGGAUCUGGAUAUGGAGGAGUUCCUCCAGGGAGAUCAGCCUCUGGAGGAUGCUGAGGGAAUGGAAGAAGUCUUUGCCACCCUAUCUUCCAUGAAAACAGAAGUGGAGGUGAUGAGGAGGCCCCUGGGAACCUUUGAGAGCCCUGCCCGGACCUGCAAAGAGCUCAUGAUGGUCCAACCUGACUACAAAGAUGGAGACUACUGGAUUGAUCCUAACCAGGGCUGUCACCGAGACUCCAUCAAGGUCUACUGUAACUUCACAGCUGAUGGAGAGACAUGUCUCUACCCUGACAAGAGGAUUGAGAUGGUGAAAUUAGCAGCGUGGAACAAAGAGAAGCCAGGAAGCUGGUACAGCCAGUACAGGAAAGGCAAGCAGUUCUCCUACAAUGACAGGGAUGGGAACCCUGUACAUGUGGUUCAGUUGACCUUCCUGAAACUACUGAGUGCCACGGCCAAGCAGAGCUUCACCUAUACCUGCCAGAACUCGGCAGGCUGGUUUGACAGCACCUCCCGCUCCUACCAGCGUGCCCUCCGCUUCCGGGGCAGCAAUUACGAGGAGCUGACGCAUGCCAAAAGCCCCUUCAUCAAUGCAGUACAUGAUGGAUGCCAGUUCCGCAAAGGUCAGGAAAGGACUGUACUAGAGAUUGACUCCCCCUCGGCAGAGCUGCUCCCCAUUAAAGAUGUGGCUCCAGCAGACUUUGGCAACAGCAACCAGAAGUUUGGAUUCCAAGUUGGACGAGUAUGCUUCAAUGGUUAACAUCUUGCCAACAACAAACAAAAGAAAAAAAGACCUUGAAAGUUACUGAAAGUUUUCAGUAGAAGAAACUGAACUUUUACCGCUGCCCCAAGCAAUAUUUAUUAUAUUAUGUUCCUGUAUGUGGUGGGUUUGUGGUAUAUUAUUUAAGACUCUUCAACAGCCAAUGAAAUAGGUUCUAUGGCUUUGCAACAAUAAGAAGAAUGUCAAGAAAGAGGACAUGCAACAGUGGGAACAAAGUACAUUUACCAAAGGGAAAUAUUCCAGUUAGAUAUAUUUAAUUUUAAGUAUUUUUGUGUGUUUUUCUCACACUGUUUGAGUGCCCUGUAAUUGAUAUUCUAGAAUUAUGAGGAUUGCACCACUUGGUGAUGACCACUCAUAAACAAGACAGAUCUGCCCGGUCACGGAAAGGAACAGUCUGUCAUUCUGCGGUAUGGGUCAGGGUCAAGUCGGACUUGUCAGACCAUAUAUGAACUUAUUGCUACUUUAUGUUUUACAAAGACUGCGAAUGAAUACAUCAGAGAUGUUGUCAUACUCAUUUGCAUGCUCAGAUUUCACUGUAAUGACAGUUGCAUAGCAGUUGUGAAAUAGCCUAGCAUAUUAAUUCCACACAAGCACAGUAAUUAAUUUCCUGUGUGCAGGAAUGAUAAAUUGUCCUUUUUACCCUUCAACUGCAGUUUUCUCAGUGAAUUACCUUGAUUAGUAUUCCAAUAGCAUAGCUAGUUAUUGAACCCGUCACUUACUUGAACGAAUAAGGUUGUUUCCUUUAUUGGACUGCUUCCCUCCAUGGGCUUGAUAAUAAGCUUUUUGAGCCCUCCAUGUUUCCAAGGACUACAGUACUGUAUUAUGUCAGAUUAACAUCCUUUCUACUGUGGUAUAUACUUGCCAUGACAUACCUCAGCAGCUAGGUUGGGGAUAUUUCAGGGCAAGAAUUAAGAGCAUGCUGAUUAAAAUGUUCUCUAGUCUUAACUGCAGUCCUUAAUACCAAAAGACGUUUCACGCAUCUCUUGAAAGCAUUUUAUUUUAUGCUGACAUAACCUGUUUUCACUUUUCCACCCUACUCAGAGGUUUUUGAGGUUUUGUUCAUAUGUUGAAAUUUCAACAGAAUAUGUUGCUGUUCAUUUGACAUGAUUUGCUCUUCAGUGGUGCUAAAGAUGAUUCUGUUUUUUAUGUGUCACUGUGUUUGUGUGUCUCUGUGGGCAGGAUUAUAGGACUGGGGGGGGGGGUUAUUGCUCGUUCAGCAUGGAACACACUCAGAGGCUGGGGGACUAGUCUACUGUGUUUUUUGCACAUCUUCUGGCUGAUUGUGCCAAUUUCACAGGGCCAGUGAAAGGAGUUUAGGGACUGAUCAGAGCAAUGUCGUUGAUCGCUUUAAAGGGGAAAUCCACUCUUAAAUUGAAUUUACAUUGUGCUGUUCCACUGAUUUUAGAUUGUAAACCUAAACUAGAAAUUGCAGCGUCAAGACUGGAGUUAAUGAUGUCAUCAGGUAACGUUUUGAGAAGUUGAUCCAUUGUAGAUUUUUUUUAUGUUUCUUUGAAAUUCCCUUUUAAAAUUGCAGAGCUGUGAAUCAGAAAUUGUCCUCACAUCCCAGUAAAAACACCAUGGGUGCUGUUAUAGUGCCAGGUUAUUCCAUUAUUCACUGUCUGUGGAGCAGCUCCAGGAUUUGUUUUUAGAUGACAUUAUUACUACAGUCUGUCUCUGCAUGUCAGCUUAAACAGAGACUUCUCCAAAUUAACCAAUUGAGUUGUGAAAUAUUACAGAAAUGACAUGCGUGUGAAUUCGAUUUAAUGUUGAUUUUCCCUUUAGCAAGUUAAAUUUCUUAAUGCUCUGCCUAUGUACCUCCUCCAACUCAAACAGUAGACUCUGUAUCCAGCAUGUAAUAAUUAUAUAAUAAUUUUGCAAUUCACUCCUGCUGUUCUAUUUGUUUUAUAGCAUUUAAACAUUCCAGUAAUUAACUCCUCUCCUCCUGUCCCAUCCUGCGCUAUCCCUCCUGUGUAUAGUGUUUUUUGUACUAAUUUUAUAUACUGUACAGUUAUUCUGAGGACUUUAUGAGCAGUAAUCUGUUGCCUGAAUGAAAAACAAAUGAAUUUGUCAAAAAUUGAUGUGUGAAUAAAAACAAACAAGGAAUCAA